CAGAGCAAAAAGUUCCUGGCUGCGUAAUCGUGUUGGAGAACUCACGACUAAGGGUAGAAAUAUGGGUGAAAACGAAGAUUUUGUAAAUACUUUGCACGUCAGUAAGGCUGAAUACGUACUCAGCAAUGUCGCCGAAGUGGUUGAACGAAUUCUGUCCUUCAUUCCAACGAAGUCUCUUCUCCGGAUCGCAGGUGUGUGCAGACUGUGGAGAAACUGUGCCCGUAGGGUGCUGAGGACCCAGCAGCAGCUGGCCUGGGUGUCAACAAAUAGACCGUCUGACACAGAGGUCCAUACCCUGUUCAGCAUCCUGCCUGAGGAAGUGGAGAAAGUGUAUCUCCUGCCUAAAACAGUCCUGGUAAUGCUAGAUUGUAACGCCUUCAAUGGACAAGCCUACUGCUACAGACAGAGUAAAGAAAAAAGUCGCCCGAGGCUGGAGAUGGCUGAGGAACUGAACAUGGUCUUCCCCAAAGGCUGUGACAUAAUGGGCAUUGCUUCACCAGGAAUAGUCUUGACUCCCAGCGGCCCUAGCUCCGGCCAUCCUAAGGAGUACCAGGAGGGGGAGGCUGGCUUUGCUGUCAUGUUUCCCAGCAUGGAAGGUGUCAACAUCAAACCUUUUCAUUUUUGCAAGAAAUCCAUGUCCCCAACAGCUCUGAGAGAAGCAGGACUAGUUAACAACCCAGACCUACGUGUAGUAAUAUUGUUUGUCUACCAAGCCUAUAAAUCUGGAGGAGCACGAUUCCUCGGCCAGAUACUGGAGCCGCUGGCCAAGAGCAAAGCUGUUAUUGCUGGAGGGCUGGUAGAUGGUGUUUUCUCUCCUACUACAUCAUGCUGUAGUGAGGAUGCGUACGGGGUGCUGGGCCUGGCUCUGAGUGGCCCUAAGGUGCAGGGGGCAUCUGUGCUCUUGGACCAAGACGUGACCAACCCAAAGGCAGCAGAAGACACAAUCCGGAGGCUAAAGGCAGCCAAAAUUCCUGAAAGAAACACCCUAGGCUUCAUGAUUGCAUGCGUGGGCAGAGGCCAGAACUACUACAACAACCAGGCUAAUGUAGAAGCCGACGCCUUCCACAAGGUGUUCCCUAACACCCCGCUCUUCGGCCUGUUUGGCAAUGGUGAGAUCGGCUGUGACCGGAUCGUUAAGGAUGACUACACACUGUGCGACACUGACACGGACAGCCUACAGCAUGAGUACACCACAGUCAUGACCCUAGUGCAUUUGGGCUGACCUCCAACGAUGGAUAACGAUGGCAGGGACUGAAAACAUUCUUUAGAGAGUAUUACGACUCAGAAUAUUCCUGCUCAUAAAGCAGGAAAAUGAUCCCUUUAGCCAUCAGUGUGAUGGCAUCAUUUACUUCUUGGUAAAACUUGGGGAUUUCAGAGUUCAGGUAUAUAUAAGAUAAAAUGAUCAUCUCUUUUUACAUUCAAAUGUGAUGGGACACACUUGUAAAAUAUAUGUUUAUAUUUACUCUAAACUUGAUGCACAUUCAAGGCAUAUCUUACUUUUCAACCUCAUGGUGUGUUUGCUUUGCGGGUGAGUAAGUUGUGUACCCUGUGUUUCACAAGCUUUUCUUAUAGAUGUUGAUAAUAUACAGGCCCUUUUAUUAAUGUAAACAAGUCAAAUAUGGCCCAUCUUCCAUAGAAUCAAGGUGAUCUUGAUUUAAUGCUCUUCCUUUUAAUGUAGCUUUUACACUUAGGAUUUUUACAUUUUUCUUUUCUUUCCAAUGGGGAAAAAAAUUAAAGGAUGUCACAUUACUACACUUUUACAAGGUAUCUGUCUACCUUUGUUGUUCUAGGCAUAGGGACUUCAGUCUGAACCUUACAGUGCCUCUUUGUGGACCACAUUGCAGGUCACAUCUUCUACUUCCCACGUCUAAUGAUCAUUGCUAGGGCUUAGUGUUGAAUUCUUUUGAUACAUUUCUCCAGUUUCUGAGAAGAAUUCAUCCCUAAAACAGAAAAAACAUGUUGGCUGAGCAACAAUGAACCACAACUCAUCUUGACUUAGAAUUUGCUGUACUUUUUUUAAUAACAGAAACAGUGUAUAGUUUGAAAGUGGGGAGAUCUGACUAAAGUCAGAAAAGAUAUUUUAUCUGGUGUCCAUAUAGGCAAAAUGUUUACGUUCUCUUUCACCUGAAACUACUUAGUUCUAAGUUUGGUAAAAGGUCAGAAUGCUACAGACUGCUCUUUAUAAUGAGAUAAGAGUCUGUAAAAGACAGUUCAUGUAUCCCCCCCCCCCCCCAAUGGCUGUUCUUGAUCUAUUUAGGGCUUUUGUCACCUAAAGGUGAAAAUGCUGAUGACCUGAAGGUGUAAUUUCCUCUUCACAUAUAUUAGUUUGGGAAUUAUUGGAGUUAAGCUUCCCUAUAUGCUGCAACACUAAUUGUUGCAGGAAAGUUUAAUGAUGAAACCUUUUAAUCAUUGCGAAUUCUCAUUUUCUCAUUUUUUACUUUGUAAGGUGGACUUAAAAUGUAUGUCAAGGUAACGCUUAUGAGUCAGUGAUCAAAAAGUUGUUUGUGUUGACGCACUUUUCUACAUGUGCCAAAUAAUUUCUAUCGUGCUCAUUUCCUCAAUAAACGACAAGCAUCCA